CUCUCUCAAAACCCUAAUAUUCCCAAGAUAAGCAUAUCAGAGUUAUAAAUGGCAAGCACUGGAGCUCCUAGUUUGGUUGGGAAGCUUGAAACAGAAGUGGAGAUCAAAGCUUCCGCUGGAAAGUUUCAUCACAUGUUCGUUGGGAAACCACACCAUGUCUCCAAAGCAUCUCCAGAAAACAUCCUGAGCUGUGAUCUGCACGAAGGCGACUGGGGAAAAGUUGGCUCUAUUGUCAUCUGGAACUACGUUCAUGAUGGCGAGACAAAGGUGGCUAAGGAGAGAAUCGAGGCCGUGGAGCCGGAGAAGAACUUGAUCACGUUCAGGGUUAUAGAGGGUGAUCUGAUGAAAGAGUACAAAAGCUUCUUGCUCACGAUCCAGGUGACCCCAAAGCAAGGAGGGUCCGGUAGUAUUGUGCACUGGCACCUUGAGUAUGAGAAAAUCAGCGACGAGGUGGCUCAUCCAGAAACUCUACUCCAGUUCUGUAUCGAUGUCUCCAACCAGAUCGACGCACAUCUCUUAGCUGAGGAAUAGAGGUCUGUACUACUCUAGUGUGACUAUAUCCUAUCUAUCCAUGUGUAUGUGUGAUUAAUAAAGCAUUCUGAUUAUUAGUCUCACUCUUUCAAGGUGCAAUAUAUAACGAGUUUGAGUUGUGAUAAAAGUGAUAUUCUCUGAAUGUGUGUAUGUAUUAUGUGUUUUGUUUGUUUAAGUUAAUAAUGUUUUAAUAAAAUUAUGUAUUAAUGAUGUUUUACAAUAUGUAUGGAUAAAUAAGCCUAGUCUUUCCUUUUA